UCAGUUUUGCUGAGACCGCCGUCUCUUGGUACUCUUUCUGGGAGUUUUGCUGUGGUCCUUGAGUUCGCACUGAAAAUAUUUUUUGUUUCUUUUAGAAACCUAUAUCUAUAUUCUGUAAAUUUGUAUGCUGACUCCAUUUUUGAGGUUAUUUAUUUGUAUUUUAUUAAUAAAAAAACUCGUAAAAGACGUUUUUCCUUCCGCUAAAAAUUUGGGUAGAAUGAUCGUCAGAAAGAGUCCCCCUCC